GCAGGACAAGUGCGGUUGCACCGACACCGGUACAUAGGCGCGGGCCGGCGUGUCCUUGGGCUAGAGAGCGGGACGUCCGUCUUCGGGUCGUAGCGAUCGAGGUGUCGGUCACCCGGGAGCGAAAUAAAAAUGGGUGAUGUUGAGAAAGGCAAGAAGAUUUUUGUUCAGAAGUGUGCCCAGUGCCACACUGUGGAAAAGGGAGGCAAGCAUAAGACUGGACCAAACCUCCAUGGUCUGUUUGGGAGGAAGACUGGUCAGGCCGCUGGAUUCUCGUACACAGAUGCCAACAAGAACAAAGGCAUCACCUGGGGAGAGGAUACCCUGAUGGAGUAUUUGGAGAAUCCCAAAAAGUACAUCCCUGGAACAAAAAUGAUCUUCGCUGGAAUUAAGAAGAAGGGAGAAAGGGCAGACCUAAUAGCUUAUCUUAAAAAGGCUACUAAUGAGUAAUUCCACUGCCUUAUUUAUUACAAAACAAAUGUCUCAUGGCUUCUAAUGUGUACCAUAAUUUAAUUCAUACAUCAAAAUUCAGAUCAUGAAUGGCUAACAAUGUUUUUGUUGGGAUGGUCCUGAUUUAAGUAAAAAUGACUUAUAGUAAAGUGGAUAUGAUCUUUUUUAAAAAAUAACAAUUCCAGUCACUAUCACGGCUCUCCCUUUCUCAAGAUCGGAUUGGACUUACUAAAGUUAUACUUUCCACAAAGAUGGGGUGUCACCUCAAACCUAUUGAAUGGUUUUAUAUUUAAAUUUAUAUAAUGGGGAAUAUGGAUAUGUUUAAACACUGGGAGAAUUCUGUCACUCUCAGAAACAAGAAGACUCACCUGUGUUUCAGUUUGUAUUCACUGGCCUGUUACAGGCAAUGGAACGCCAGGAAGCAACUGUCUAUUCUUGACUUGAUGAUGUCAUUUUAAUUAGAAUUCCCUGUCAAAGGAUGCUGCCUUUCACCAUUGAAAGGCACUUACUGUGACCUAUGUAUAAUAUCGAAUAAAGAGUAUUUAGCACUUCUUUAUA